GUCUGAUGUCCGUGGUGCUGACGGAUGUUGUUAACGGUUGUGGCCAUAGUUUGUGGCUAUAAACAGUCUUCCUCACAACUUCUUUUUUAAAAAUCUUCACUUUUACAGGCAAGAAAACUAUCGUCAUGGCUUCCACGGUGCCCAUUAAGAUUGGAAUAAUUGGUGGUUCAGGCCUUGAUGACCCAGAUAUCUUGGAGGGAAGGACUGAGCGUUAUGUUGACACACCGUAUGGAAAGCCAUCCGAUGCUCUGAUACUUGGGAAAAUAAAAAAUGUGGAAUGUGUGCUCCUUGCAAGGCAUGGGAGACAGCACACCAUUAUGCCAUCCAAUGUGAACUACCAGGCCAACAUCUGGGCACUGAGAGAAGAGGGCUGCACACAUCUGUUGGUUACCACGGCCUGUGGUUCACUCCGGGAGGAGAUUCAGCCAGGAGACAUUGUCAUCAUAGAUCAGUUCAUUGACAGGACUACCAAGAGAGCUCAGACGCUGUACGAUGGGCAGCCAACCAGUCCUCCAGGAGUGAGUCACAUCCCCAUGGCUGAGCCUUUCUGCAACAGAACCAGAGAGGUCCUGGUGGAGGUGGCGCGGAGCCUGGGGGUCAAGUGCCAUGUGCGAGGCACUAUGCUGAGUAUUGAGGGCCCCCGCUUUUCCUCGCGGGCCGAGAGCCUGAUGUUCCGCCAGUGGGGUGCUGACGUCAUCAAUAUGACCACUGUGCCAGAGGUGGUCCUCGCCAAGGAGGCCGGCCUGUGCUAUGCCAGCAUCGCCAUGGCAACAGACUAUGACUGUUGGAAGGAGCAUGAGGAGGCGGUCUGUGUUGACAACGUACUGAAGACGAUGAAGGAGAACGCCAACAAAGCCAGCAGUAUCUUGCUGACUGCAAUACCUCAGAUUAGUCAGAUGGACUGGGCUCAGACAAUGAAGGCCUUGAAAUCAAUGGCCCAAUCUUCAGUCAUGUUACCGAAACACUAAGCGUGCAGAACAAUAUGAAGUAGAAAAGGAAACCAGACACCACCUGUAUCGCCACCGACUAGACUCAACUCUGCCUGUGGAUUUGUCAUCAGUGAAUCACAAGAAAGUGCCUCACAUAAAUAAUGCAUGUGCUCUGUCUUCAUCAAAAUUUUAUAUAUAUAUAUAUAUAU